CCUCCUUUUCAGUACUCAUGUAUCGAUUCGAGUCCAAUCUCCAUGUACAUAUCUCAUCCAUUUUGGAACUGGAUAGUCAAAGUGAGUUAUUUGACGAAGUCAAUUUUUUUCCAGUUUUAUCCAAGAACAUGGGCUCCUAAUGUUCUCACGCUCGUCGGAUGGUCGCUUGUGAUGGGUUGCUUCUUGUUAGAAUCGGUGCUCGAUUAUGACCUCACCGCGAAUAACGAAGAUUCCGACCACCCUGUUCCUGACUGGUUCUGGCUGUUAGCUGCUAUAUGCACAUUUCUCGGUUACACCUUAGAUGGCACGGAUGGGAAGCAAGCGAGACGAAUAGGUGCCUCUGGCCCUACCGGGGAACUAUUUGAUCAUGGACUUGAUUCGUGGUCCACAGUACCUUUUACAAUCACCAUUUUCUCUGUAUUCGGUAGAGGUGAAUUCAGUGUUACUCCUAUACAUUUGCUGUGUGUUCUAAUAAGUGUACAGAUUGUGUUUAUUGUUACUCAUUGGGAAAAGUACAACACUGGCGUACUAUAUCUUUCGUGGGGUUAUGAUGCUAGUCAGUACGGAUUAACCUUUAUUUAUCUAUUCACGUAUUUCGUCGGUUAUGAAUGGUUCAAGUUCUACGUCUACAGCAACAUUAACUUUGCUGAUGUUUUUGAGGGAUUCUUCUAUAUUUGCUGUCUCAUCUCUUUGAUUAUGUCGGCGUAUAACAUGUGGUAUGCAUAUGCUGUAGAUAAAACAUUCAAGCAGAAAUCAGUUUAUGAAGCGGUUCGUCCGAUAUUUCCCUGUAUUAUGCUAUUUGCUGUGUCCUUGAUUUGGGCUACGUUUUCUCGAACAGAUGUCUGCGGAAGAGAUCCGCGAACAUUCUUCUUUGCAAUGGGCACUGUGUUCAGUAAUAUCGCAGUAGGUUUUGACCAUUGUUUUGUUUUUCUUUCUCACACUUAA